ACCACGUGUUAUACCAUCGGCUUGUCCAGCGUCCAUUCACCGGGAAGACAUCGAUCAUUCGAUUCGAUCGAACCAUCUCCUGCCAUAGCCCACAAGUACACACAAGAAACAACCAAGACAAGUGAUUGGUGGUAAGCCAUGGCUGGAGCUUACGUGCGCACGGGGGGCGUGGUCGCCCUGAUCUGCUGCGUGCUGGCCAUCGGCGCCGACGCCCUCGAGCCGAGCGGGUGGGUGAGGGCGCACGCCACGUUCUACGGCGGCAGCGACGCCUCCGGCACAAUGGGCGGCGCGUGCGGGUACGGGAACCUGUACGCGCAGGGGUACGGGACGCGGACAGCGGCGCUGAGCACGGCGCUGUUCAGCGACGGCGCGGCGUGCGGGCAGUGCUACAAGCUCGUGUGCGACCGCAAGACGGACAAGACGUGGUGCAAGCCUGGCGUGUCGGUGACCAUCACCGCCACCAACUUCUGCCCGCCCAACUGGGACCUCCCCAGCGACAACGGCGGCUGGUGCAACCCGCCGCGCCCCCACUUCGACAUGGCGCAGCCGGCCUGGGAGAAGAUCGGCGUCUACCGCGGCGGCAUCAUCCCCGUCAUAUACCAGAGGGUCCCCUGCGUGAAGAAGGGCGGCGUGCGGUUCACCAUCAGCGGCCACGACUACUUCCUGCUGGUGCUGCCCACCAAUGUGGCGGCGGCGGGAUCGGUCAGGGCCAUGGACAUCAUAGCGUCCAAGUCCGGCGGGGACUGGAUGUCCAUGACGCGCAACUGGGGCGCCAACUGGCAGAGAGGCGGCUACCUCAACGGCCAGACCCUCUCCUUCAGGCUCACCAUCACUGACGGCCAGACCAUCGUCUUCUCCAACAUCGUGCGCUCCAGCUGGACGUUCGGCCAGACGUUCGCGAGCAACCUGCAGUUCAAGUGAGCAUCGAUCGUUCGUUCGUUCAUUCGUUCAAGGCGACAAGAUUAGCUUAAUUAGGCAUCCGAAUCGUUUGUGAAGAUGUCACAGUUUGGGCCUAACUAUUCUCAUAGUACUUCUAUAAUUGCGUACCUCCAUAACAUGAAACUGGGCUUGCAUGUGUGAUAUACAUAACA